ACAAAACACAACCAGAACACAACUGAACACAACGACAACCUUACCACCAGCACCUGACCAGCACUCACACUCGACGUUUAAAUUUUAAAUUUCGUUUCACUCUCAUCGCUACUGGCCUGUACUUUCGGGCCUUGGCCUUGCUGUUUCUGCAUUCUGCAUCACAUUGAAAAAGAACCACAGCAAAAGGAAGCGGACUAAGGGGAGUGGUAACCCAAAUCCAACAAGUAGUGACGAAGAAACGUCCCGUCUACAUUAUCUGCGCCGUGUUUGCGUUGGAAAUUCGAUUAUAAUCUUCGGAUAUUAAGCGAUCUUAUUUGGGAAAAUGAGCAAACUCAUAAACGCGCCGCUCAAUGAAAAGGAGCUGACCAACCGCGAGAGGAGGAAACUUACUAGAAAAGUUUACACCGAGAGUAAGUACGUCGCGCUGUACACUGAGGAAGGAGUCUUUAUCGCCACUGGAACUGAUUUAUGCGACUGCGGCACUCAAGAAUGUCCAGGGUGCCACUUCCCUUGCGUCAAAUGCCGCUCUUUGAAAUGUGGGCACGAAUGCAGGAGAAAUCGCAAGUGGAAAUAUGAGACAGUGAAGUGCGACACCGUUCCUCGUUAACAAAAAGGAUCUCUAGAAUCAUCAUACAUCAGAUUUAUUUUUCAACCUUGAUAUCUACAAUAUCACACAUACCAUGACAUGACGACUAGUACAGUGAGCCCUUGUCUUCCUCGUACAAAAAGAAAAUUGGAACUUGUUGAUUGUUCACAACAACCAUCUCAACGUGUCGAAUUAAAUAAACCGCAGCUAUUCCGUAUGCAAGACAAGGAAGGCCUACAAGCGAUAAAAUUA